AUGACCAAAAACGCUCUCAAAACCGCCAUGGCACUCAAGGAUGGAUCGGAGAUCUUUGAUCCGGGCAAUCAAGGUAAUAAGCGCCCAAAGCUUCGCAAACGGCCUGGAGAUCCUUUGGACCAACAACACCCAUCGAGUAACCAACAGAUCCCGGCACCAGCUCCGGAUCAGCAACCCUCGGCAAGCAACCAACAGAAACCGGCACCAACUUCGGAUCAGCAACCCUCGGCGAGUAACCAACAGAACCCGGCACCAAAUCCGGAGCAGCUGACGCGCAAAUGGACAUUUAAGGAUAUGGUCAAUAAACACAGAAACCAUGUGGAGUUAGCUCCUGAGGAUAAGGAGAAGGACACAGAGGAUGAAGAAGAUAAUAUGUAA